AUGGGUAUUUCUGAUGCUAGUCUGGAACAGAAGUUGGCUGUGAACAUAGAAAAUAAGAUGGAAGAUUUUGAGUUAUUUCCAAAUGCUUAUAAUUAUAGCCACAUAGUCAGCUGUAGUAAUUGUAUUGAUGAAAGCCUGAAAGAGAAAACACCUAGUUUUAAACAGUCUUUGCAGUUUUCUGGAACAAGAAAAAGGUUCAUGCCAGAUUGUGAAAAUAAGGAUUCAGAAGAGAUUGAUUAUUUGUUGUUAGCUAGACAGAUAGCAUUGAAGAGAGUAUACAUGGUCAGAGUUGCAAAUGAGAAUAGUUGGGGUGUAGCUGCAAAGAUGGCUUUGAAUGAUUUGCUAGCUUCAAUAUCACAACUGUUUAAAGAAAAAAGAAAAAAGACAAGACUGGCAGCUUAA